AUGGCUCAUCGAUUCUGGCAAGAUACAUUUGCCGACCUCGAAGCCUCGCCAUACCCAAUUCUCCCUACGACAGGCUAUCAGCCCGAGAUUAAGCACAUCGUUGAAUACGAGGUGAACUGGCUGGACUGGAACAAUUUUCAUGAUGACCGGUUCACCUUGUCCACAAACUUACGAGCAGCAUGGGCACUGCUGAUGGCUCAAUAUGCCAAUAGCGAGGACAUCGUAUUUGGAACAAAUGUGGCCAGCCAACGGAGGGAAUCUCUCAGCAAUGAUCAUGAUUUAAGUAUCCAAAACAUCUGGAACCAUGUUAUGCCUUUGAGAGUUUUGAUACCUUGGCACUCAGACCUCGUGCAGUGGUUACAAAGCAUCCAGAAUCGAGUUGAGGCAAUUGAAAGGGUCCAGGAAUGGGGGGAUUGGACCGCAUCAGGUCCUGCAGUCCACGAACGAAAGAAGCCUGUGAUCUUCGCACAGUUUUGCUAA